UAUUGAGGGCGCUACAACAAACAGCUCCAGACGUACAUGCUGUACACGUGCAUGAUGUGUUUGUGAUGAAACCUGGCUUCAAAAGUAGGCUAAUUUGUUACAGGAUUUAUUCAUUUUAACUUUAAUUAGAGUUCUGGGAGACAUCGUAUCAGUUACAUAAUGCAGCACGACGACGUGAUAUGGAGCAUCAUCAAUACAACAUUCUGUUCUUACAAGGUCAACGCUAAGACGCAUCAGUUCUGUCGGAAUGAGUAUAACUUAACAGGCCUCUGCAACAGAUCCUCCUGCCCUCUGGCUAACAGCCAGUAUGCAACAAUCAGGGAGGAAAAUGGUGUGUGUUUCUUGUACAUGAAGACCAUCGAGCGGGCGGCCUUCCCAGCCAGGAUGUGGGAGAAAGUCAAGCUGUCUCGGAACUACGAGAAAGCCCUGGAGCAGAUCAACACACACCUCAUCUACUGGCCCGGCUUCAUCAAGCACAAAUGCAAGCAACGCUUCACUAAGAUCACCCAGUAUCUGAUCCGCAUGCGCAAACUCACACUGAAGAGACAGAAAAAGUUGGUGCCACUCAAUCGCAAAGUUGAACGGAGGGAGAAACGUCGUGAGGACAAGGCCCUCAUAGCUGCACGCCUGGACAACGCCAUCGAGAAGGAACUUCUGGAUAGGCUAAAGAAGGGAACAUACGGUGACAUCUACAACUUCCCCGUUACCGCCUUCGACAGAGCGUUAGAUGAUCAGGAGGAGAAUGAGGAUGAGGAGGAACGAGAAGAAGAAGCAGAAGAGGAGGAGGAAGAAGAAGAAGUGGAGUACGUAGCCGAGGAAGAUUUCGAGGAGAGUGAUCUGAGUGAUUUUGAGGACAUGGACAGAUUGCGAGCGGAGGGGGCCAACGAAAGCGACGAGGACAGCUCAUCGGAAGACGACGAUGAAAAAACCAAGAAAAUGCUUCGGCGGAAGCGGGCACAUGUUGAAAUCGAGUAUGAGCAGGAAACGGACCAGCCGUCGACGUCCAAACAGAAAGUCAAAGCAAGAUGAUCGUGCCCCCCACUCUUUUGUUCCUUGACUCCGCCCUUUUUGAUUCUUUUCUGAACUUUGCAACCAUGAUGAGUGGUAUAGCACUACUUGUCUCUCUUGCAUGUUUUUUGUUGGACUGCUUUCGAGAUGGCAUUUGGCAACUUUUACCGGUCCUUAAAGCUAUAG